AUGCCUGUCACCCUCCUCCCAAACGACUACUCGUCACUCCUCUUCCCCGACCAACCAAAUCAGAAACCCCUCAGUUUCUUCGGAUGCUUGACUAUAAACUUCUGGAAAACCAACGAAUUGGACACUGGAAUAUGUUCUGGUCGAGGUCUGGGAUGCGGAGGAACCGGAAGUGGAGUCUACUUCACAAACUGUCACCAAUUGACUCCACUGGUUCCACGCGUUCAAUUCGAUUCAAUGGAUUUGAAGGGCGUUGAGGAGGGACACGAGGUUCCGGAAAACGAACAAUGCGUCGCCAGAAGUCUUCCACCACGUCAUCCUCGAUGCAACAUGAUCUUAUGCCCCUCCAUGAAACGGAUGUUGGAACAUUUACCGGAUUGUGAUGGUGGUGUUCUUUGUGAACGAAAUGUGUGUCAAGACAUUGAACAACUGAUUGGUCACUGGAAGAACUGCAAAGAUGAAGGAUGCAUUGUUUGCAAGCCGAUUCUCGAGGAGCACGAUAAGAAAAUUGAAUCUCCACAAUUUCAGUUUCCACAUGACAUGUUAUUCAUUCCAGUCCACGUCUCCUACAUCAACGACAUCCAUCUCGGUGGCAAAUACUCAAUGCUCGCUGGAUACACCGAGAGUCCAUUUCUCUCAACUACCGUAGUCAACAACUACGAACCCUCUCAAUUCAUGAGACUUAUCAAAGAGUCUCUUCGUGAUCAUCUCAGACAAAAGAUCUACGAGGCCAUGAUCCAGACUCCUGAUCCAAGUCCAUUGUGCCAGGCUCGGGAGGAAAAUUUGAGGGAGUACGCGAUGAGAAUCGAGAAGGAGGUGUUGAUCGAGUCGACUAGUCUCGAAGUUUAUUAUGCGAGGAUUGCGUUGAAGAUCCAAAAACUGCUUCAAGAGAAGUUUGGUUUCGACCAGAACUUCAACAGUCCAUGGCAAGCGGACAUACCAAUUAAAAAGCGUCACAACUCCAUCAUCCAACUUCUCAACACUCUCCAACCGUGCUCCAAUUGUUCAGUUCAUCAGACGGAGCAGAAUUUGAAGGAUCUGUUGGUAUACUGUCAAUCUGUCGAGGAGAAUCACUUCAUGACUUCCCAAUCAGAACAGGAAUACUUUGAAGCUGUUGAUAAGAAUGUCGAGCAUUUCCAGAAGAUUCAUCCAGGAAAUUGA